UGGGCGGAGCCAAGAUGGCUGAGGAGGGACUUACAACGAGAACUCAAUUUCCUGUAUCUGCUGAAUCUCAAAAACUGCGGCUGAAAAAAGCUCCAGAGUUUCCUAUUUUGGAGAAGCAAAACUGGUUGAUACAUCUCUACUAUAUCCGGAAGGAUUAUGAAGCAUGCAAGGCUGUUAUUAAAGAACAGCUUCAGGAGACUCAGGGGUUGUGUGAAUAUGCUAUCUAUGUGCAAGCCUUGAUAUUUCGCCUGGAAGGAAAUAUCCAAGAAUCCUUAGAACUCUUUCAGACGUGUGCUAUUCUCAGCCCUCAGUGUGCUGAUAACCUCAAGCAGGUGGCCAGAUCUUUAUUUCUUCUGGGAAAACAUAAAGCUGCUACUGAAGUAUAUAAUGAAGCAGCUAAACUUAACCAGAAAGAUUGGGAGAUCUGCCAUAACCUAGGAGUUUGCUACAUUUAUCUGAAGCAGUUCAACAAGGCACAAGACCAGUUGCACAAUGCCCUACAUCUUAACAGGCAUGAUCUGACUUACAUAAUGCUGGGGAAGAUCCACUUGCUGGAGGGAGACUUGGACAAGGCCAUCGAAAUCUAUAAGAAAGCAGUGGAGUUCUCACCAGAAAAUACAGAACUUCUUACAACUUUAGGAUUACUCUACUUACAGCUUGGCAUUUACCAGAAGGCAUUUGAACAUCUUGGAAAUGCACUGACUUAUGACCCUACCAACUACAAGGCCAUCCUGGCAGUAGGCAGUAUUAUGCAGACCCACGGGGACUUUGAUGUUGCCCUCAACAAAUACAGAGUUGUAGCUUGUGCUGUUCCAGAAAGCCCUCCACUCUGGAACAAUAUUGGAAUGUGUUUCUUUGGCAAGAAGAAAUAUGUGGCAGCUAUCAGCUGCCUGAAAAGAGCCAACUACUUGGCACCCUUUGAUUGGAAGAUUCUAUAUAAUUUGGGUCUUGUCCAUUUGACUAUGCAGCAGUAUGCAUCAGCUUUCCGUUUUCUCAGUGCAGCCAUCAACUUCCAGCCAAAGAUGGGGGAGCUCUACAUGCUCUUGGCUGUGGCUCUGACCAAUCUGGAAGAUAUAGAGAAUGCCAAGAGAGCCUACACAGAAGCAGUCCGCCUGGAUAAGUGCAACCCUUUAGUAAACCUGAACUACGCUGUGCUGCUAUACAACCAGGGUGAGAAGAGGGGCGCCCUGGCUGAGUAUAAGGAGAUGGAGAAGAAAGUCAACCUACUCAAGGACAAUAGCUCUCUGGAAUUUGACUCUGAGAUGGUGGAGAUGGCUCAGAAGUUGGGAGCUGCUCUCCAGGUUGGGGAGGCACUGAUUUGGACUAAACCAGUUAUAGAUCCCAAAUCAAAGCACUGGACUACUUCAACCACCAAACCUGCCAGUUUGCAGCAGCCUCUGGGCUCUAAUCAAGCUCUAGGACAGGCAAUGUCUUCAGCAGCUGCAUACAGAAAGCUCCCCUCAGAAAGGAGGCUACCCAAAGCUCCAUGAAGACCUAGCAGGUGCAAGCACAUGUCCCAGCAAAGAGAUUAUAGCUUUGAGUGAGGCUUGCACUCUUCAAACUUAUAAAGUGUUCAAUGUAGUGUUGGCCAGAAGGGGAAAAAAGCCACAGAGUGGCCAAACUGGCACUUGUUCCCUUAAGGUAAGCUUUGUAGCAGGUAACAGCUACUGUCAGGUUUAGUUUGAUGGUCAAUACACUGGGUCUUUACAAUUUUCAUGUUUAGAAAUAUGUUACUAUAGUAUAUACGCUGUCAUGUAGUCUUGCUUUAAUUUUCACUGCUUUAUCAUAAGUUGGCAUGGUGCAGGUAAUUAAAGAUUUCUCUCACUGAUUCAUUGAAGGCAAA